AUGCCAUACACAGAACUCCCCGAGCCCCCGCAGGUGAGUCCGGUAUCUCCAGACCAAUACGGCGAGAAGCCUCUCCCAGAUCCGUCAACAGUCUCGCCGCUCUCGACAACGGGGAAUCCGCAUAGACCCUGGCAAGCCUUCUCCGCUUACCGCUCCGAAGGGAGGCGAGAUGGUGUCGGGUCGAGCCACCUGUCGGAAUACUGCUACGACGAACGAGCCCACGAGAAUGAUGAAAGCAGCCGGUACGGGGAGGAGGAGCCGGACCUGGCGGCGCAGCUGCGGCUUUCCGCCCGGCUGACACUAGGCGAGGUGCCGCUCACGCCCGACGACUCGGUCAGCCAGACGGCGUCGCCGUACCGGGCCAGCCGGGCGAGCCGGGCCUCGCAUCGCUCCCGGUCCCAGCCGGGUGCCAAAAACCAGAGCCAGCAGGGCUGGGAAGGGCAGAGGACGGAGAGUCUGCCCCGGCAGUCGGAACGAGGUACGCUGGAGCGGCGUGAUUUUGGGGGAGGUUCCAGCGCGUCGAGCUCCUCGGUGAGGGCGGUCAGGUCCAGUGAUGGGAGAGGCAGAGGUGACGGCGGUGGCGGCGGCGGUGUGGAGGUCGUCAGGACAAAGGAUGGCAGACUGGCGCUGGCCCGGAAACCGAGGCGGUUCUUUGGGUAUAAGUUGCGAAUUGGCUAG